AACGAAAUCCUGCGAAUGAGGCUACUAUGCGGAUUUAUUAAAACCGACCGGCUGCAUGGUUCGUUGAUUGUCAAGCUUCAGACUUCUCUGGCUCCAAAACUAGUCCCAAGGGUUGGUGUCAUCACAGGAUCGCAAAGAUAUCUGCACGUAACACCAAACAGAUUUGAAGCCAAAGUUCAGCAGCCAGCCCCAGAUUUCAAAGGAGAAGCAGCGGUUGAUGGUGCCAUCAAGGAGUUAAACUUGACUGACUAUAGAGGGAAAUAUCUUAUCUUGCUUUUUUACCCUCAAGACUUCACAUUUGUCUGCCCAACUGAACUGAUUGCAUUUAGUGACAGGAUUGCAGAGUUUCAUGCCAUAAACACAGAAGUGAUUGGGGUAUCAACAGAUUCAGUAUUUAGUCAUUUGGCAUGGAUCAACACACCUAAAAAGGAAGGAGGACUAGGGGAGUGCAAAUAUCCACUCUUGUCUGACUUUAAGAAAACCAUUGCCACGGACUAUGGAGUGCUUCUGGAAGAGAAAGGUGUGGCAUUGAGGGGUCUUUUCUUAAUAGAUCCUAAUGGCCUGGUGCGACAUAUGACAGUGAACGACUUGCCUGUGGGGAGGUCAGUGGAUGAAGCAUUGAGAACGGUGCAGGCUUUUCAGUUUGUAGAGGAACAUGGCGAAGUGUGUCCUGCCAACUGGCAGCCAGACUCCCCCACCAUCACGCCAACUCUAGAGGGUUCAAGGGAAUAUUUUACCCAAGUCAAUUAAAUCUUUGAACCGGUCAGAGAGAUAAGUGAACCAACUUGCUUUUAUGGAAGUGUGUGUCUGACCGAGCCAUCAUUAAGUCAGGAAUUUGAAAUUUUGACGCACAGAUAUUGACAUUUUACGUUAGGAUGAGAAGCAUACUUGUGAAAAUGGCACAAAUAUGUACAAAAUUGAAGAAAUAAACCUUUUUACUGUAUACCAAAAGAAAGAAAAAAUAUAGUAACAAUAAUGCAAAACAAAAUGCCAAGAUGUUGAUUAAAAUUUCAUUUUAUUAUUUUUUCUCUUAUUCCAUUUUUGGUUUUAUUAUCUUCUAGUAUAGAAAUAAUGUACAAAACCACAUGGAGCUUUGACACUACACCAUUAUAAUAAGCAGGUGCUAUGACACCAAAAUAUUUCAUGAUGUAAAAAUAUCUUACAAAAGAUAAAGAACAUAGGAUUCACUCUUGCAAAGAAGCAACCUUGGUCCCUUUUAAAUAUACUGAUGCACAACCUUUUAUAUAAAUUCCAUUAUAUCUAACAUCUACCACAUUUAUAUAUAUAUUCCUUUAGCAAUAUCAACAGACUUAAAAAUAUAGCUUUGAAAGCUAUUGUGUACAACAAAAAUGAAAAUAAAUUGUAUAGCCUACCA